CUGGGUUAUUCGCGUUCGAUUUUGGAACGUUUACCCAGGAGCUGAAGCUGGGGCAGGGGCUGUGGGUUGACCUUAUCCUCUGGUCAGGAUCCCAGGAGCAGCGUUUUUCAAUGGAAUCGUGGAAGUGAGCUGGGUUGCAGCGUUCGGACAGUCGAGCUUCCUCUCGGCCCCUUUCUGGCGGAGUCGCAUCGGCAGACAGAGAGCCUAAGAUGGGCACUCCAGCCUCUGUGGUGAGCGAGCCACCCCCCGGGCAGACACCAGCAGGAGUCCGGGGACGAAAGCAAGCCUCUGCCAACAUCUUCCAGGAUGCGGAGCUACUACAAAUUCAAGGCUUAUUUCAGCAAAGUGGUGACAGGCAGGCUGAGGAGCGAGCACAGAUCAUUUGGGAGUACGCCGGGAACCACGGGGUGGCUGAAGCCUUGAGGCAGCUGCGCAGGAAGAAAAGACGGCCGGUGGGCCACUCACUGCAGCACUGCAGUCGACGUAGAGUACCAGAGGACUGCUCUGCACCUGCCAGCCCCUCAAGCAGUACCAUAGAGCUGACCACCAACGGGCAGCAUCUAAACCCAAGAACCAGUGCCAGGAACCGGCGGAGCUGGAGAAAGACAAGCCCCACAAGCUAUCUCCACCAGAUUAGACACUGACCUGUUGAGGGCAGCUGAGGUUACCCUCCCCAGGAACUCAGAUGUUACCUGAAGGGAGAAAGAAGCGAGACCUGAAUCAGCCAGCCCCACCAGGGCAGAUGAAGGUUCUAGCCAAAGGGGAAGUUACUGCCUAUCCUACUCAGUUAAGGAAUAGGUGGGGGGCUUCUACUGAUCUCUUUAUUGUGUGGGACUUGCUCUUUCCCAGAGUGAGUGAGAACAUUAACAGCUUCUACUAUUAAACAACCCCCCUUCUUCCAAACUAA